UUAUGUUGCCAGAGGGAAACACUCAUGAUGCCAACAAAAUAAAAGUUCAUGUUGAAGUCAUAAUGGAAUAUCAUAAUGCACCCGGCUUUACAACGCUUUAGUUACGCCCGCAGUGAGCGCUGCUCAUGAGUUACUCUUCUAUAUCUCGCCAUGAUGAAAUGAUGAGUAGCGCCGGAUGCAUUUCCAGGGCGCUGUAAACCAAUAAGUAUUCAAAGUUUGACUCAUUUGCACGAAGCUCCUUGCCCCCUGAACUUUAGGCAACCACAUAUUUCUUCUCAAUCCUGCCACACAGUGUUGAAUAUUUUGGCUCGGCGCUUUUCUUUUCUUUGGAAAUGUGCUUCGAGAACAGGUCCGACUGGUCUGACGAUGGUAAUCUCAGCAGGAAGACCUCAGUGUAAACUCCCCCUCUGUCAGUUGCCCACACUGUCACACAGGUACGAGGGACAGGUGUGUGUGUCUGUGUGUGUCUGUGUGUGUGUGUGCAUGACACGACCGACCGGCUGCAGUGAUUUCUACUUUUGCUCCUGGCAGAGGGAACAUCACGCUGGAAACCAUUUUCUGAUCAUCAGAGCAGUGCAAUGAUAUGAUCCAUCCCUACACGCUCAAUGGAAAUACAGACACACAGGGAAAUGGCGCAGACAGAGAUCCAACAGGAGAGAACCGAGAAGCCCGAGGAGCAGAUGUCAGAGGAACAAUUCCUCAUAGAUCUCUACCGGUUCAUGAAGAAGAGAGACACGCCAAUAGAGAGAAUCCCAAAUCUGGGCUUCAAACAAAUUGAUCUAUUUGUGAUGUUCAAUAUUGUGAAAAACUUCGGCGGCUACCACCAGGUGACGGUGCAGCAGCUGUGGAAACAGGUGUACAACACGCUGGGAGGAAACCCUCGCAGCACAAGUGCCGCCACGUGCACGCGCAGACACUACGAGAAACUUCUCCUGAGCUACGAAUGCCACCUGACGGGCAUAUUAGUGAACGUGUUGCCUCGCAAUCAGCCCAAGCACUUCCACAACGCCAACUUCGGCAAAGUGCACGAGGACGGCCAGCGGCCUCCGAAACGCAAGCUGCCCCUGAUGCCUCUGAUCCCGAACCCUCAGAACCUCCACCCAGACCUCCGCGAUGCUGUGUUCCCGACGUCGCCUCACUAUGCUCACUACUUUCACCCCGGUCAUCCGGUUAUGCCGCCCAGUAUCCCGAUCCCCUCCUCGGUAUUGUCGCCACCUUGCGCCCCUGCGCACGAACCCUGGUUCCUCUUCCCUCCGUCGUACCUGCACCCGACCGACGCGGCGAAGGAGCCGCUGGAGAAGUUGCGCAACCUGGCCGAACAGUACAAGACUGGCUUCUCGGAGCCGUUGAACCUCAGCACCAAAGCAUCGCGCCAGGAGACCCACGGCGUCCCCGUCUCGUCGUUCACCCCGCCCUCGUCCAGCAGGAACCCAAAGUUUCUGAAUAAACCCUCCCCUCUGUACACUCCCCAUCAGGUGGUGAGAGACGAUGGGUGCGAGGCUCAAGAUGGCGAAACGGGUUCAGGAGACGCGUCGCAUUCGCAUCCGGCGAAAGCGAGCGAGGCGUACGUCGCCGACCUCGACGCCACGCCGGCCUCGAGGAGCCCCUCUUACGCUCCCACGCUCAGAAGAGACGAAAGCGCCGCCGCAACGCCGCCGAAGCCCGGCUCUCCGAGAACAGACGUGAGGGUCCGGGCGGAAGAAGACCGAGAGGGGAGUCCGGAAGUGAGGGAGCUCGGCGUCAGUCACCUCCUCCUGCCCGGCUUCUCUCGACAGAGCGACGGCCAGAUGGAAAUCGAGAUGCCGCUGUCCGUCUUCAACAACUGGCUCCGGCAGUGCGGCUCCUCCGCCGAGAUGCUCGGGGCGAAGCAGCUCGGCACUCUUCCUCCUCCUCCUCCUCCUCCGCGGGAACACGGACAUCGUUGCGAGCCGGACUUCCUCCCCACCAACUUGACAUUUCACGCGAAUCCCCGCCGGCAGGGCGUCUGCUUCGUGGAGGAUUUGAGGCUGACGCGGAACCGUUCGGCGAGCGCCUCGCCGGCCGCCCACGACCAUUUCGCCACCUUCGACUACAAGCCUUCGCCUUCGAGCGGCAUUCUGAAAAAUGCGGUCGGCACAGACGUCUAUCCGCUCAGUAAGCACAAACCUCUUCAUUUCUGGGACGUCUACGACAAAGAGACCCCGGCCUCCAGCCUCCCGGUGAACAUUGACUCCGGCCCCCGCAGAGUCCAGCAAGACGUCGAGGCCUCGGCACCCUACGGCGAAGACACAGUCCGGGGGGGGAAGGAGGGGUCGGACACGAGUCCCUCCGUGGUGCUGAUGCUGAAUUCCAGCUCCACUUCCAUGUUGCACCUCACCACAGAGGAAGUGAUGAAGCUGAAGAGAAUCAUCUCAAGUUCGUUGUGAAGAUCAGUUCAGAUGAAUUACACUCUCAACAUCACGUUCAAGCUGACGGUAUCUCACUGAAGUUUUGUUUGCCAUAUAUAAGCUUUCUAUAUGAAUUCCAUGUGAAAUAAGAGAAAAUAUAUAUAAUCUGUCGAAUAAUAGUUCAUUCCCAUCUGUUGAGCUUUUUUUUUCUUCCUGUCCCGAAUAUUACUUGUAUAAUACCUGUAUUGCUUUAAUUAUGAUGUGAAAUUUAAUAAAUUCAAAUAU